AUGGACUACAACGCAGCAGACUUGAGCUCCGUCCUCAGAACCCUCUCCGCCUUAUCCAACCAGCAGCAACCUCAUUCACAACCUCAACAUCUACAGGCACAAUCAUACCCUCCCUACUCCCACAACCCAGACUCAACAACACCAGCACCACCAACAGAAGACAAUGACCCCUACGAACCCACCGAAUCCCUCCCCCAGCUCCCUAUCCCCCCGAAACCUACCUCCUCACGACCCCAGCAUCACCAAACACAACAACAACAUCAUCAUCAUCAUCACCCCUCCCAAGCACCACAACCACAACCAGCACCAGCACCAACAGGACCCAUCACCGAAGACACCUCCACCAUAACCGCCUGGCCAACAGCUCUCCGCUACGUAAUGCGCACGGUAGCCCAAAACGAAGAAAUCCAACGCCGCCUCCGCUGGCUAAUCCAACGCCAACACGACCACGAAAAACAAUGGUGGCAGGGACGCGAAGCGCUCUUGAAGAAACAAUCUGCCCGGACGGAGAAGAAGAAGGAGUUGGAUGCUGUGUUACGAUCCGUCGGCGCUCCCGUUGAUGAGAAUAAGCAAGUUUCUACAGCCGAAGAAGACCGCGCCGAAUUAACUAACUACGACGCAAAAGUAUACAAAGCCUCCAGACAAAUGUCCGAUGCUAUGAUAGCGGAGCUCAAGGCACUCAGGAUUCCCUUUUUCACAAUUAAGAAGGGUCUUGUUUUGGACUCUGAUCCUUCGAAUAUGGGAAGAACAACAACUACUACCCCGACGGUCAAGCAGCAGCAGCAGCAGCAGCAGCAGCUUUCCCGAGAGGAAUUGUCGGCGCUUCAACUGAGAAUGUUGGAGUUGUUGCAGGAUCUUUGUCGGGAGUGA